UCCUCCUUGGCCUUUUGGGCAGCCCUCCUGCUCCGGUGUCGAAACAGCUGUGGUCCCCCAUCUUCUGAACCCGGGCCACCCUAUCUAAGGAGCCCUUGACCCUGCCUGGACCUGGUAGUAAGAAGCUUGCGGCUUCCAAAGUGGGCAAGAGGAUGCCCCUGGAACCAUCUUCAGCGCCAUCAUCCUUCCCUUCUCCAUUACCCUCAGUGCCAGACAGCAUUACUAGCUGUUCCCCUCCUCCAAUGUCUUACAUUACUUCCCAGGAGAUCAAGUGUAUUCUUCACUGGUUUGCCAGUUGGUCAGGUCCCCAGCGUGAACGUUUUCUACAGGACCUGGUAGCUAAGGCAGUGCCAGGAAAGCUGCAGCCACUGCUAGAUGGUCUAGAGCAGCUUAAUGUAUCUGAGGCAGACCGACCACCUUGUAUCUUUGAGUGCCAACUUCGUCUCUGGGAUCAGUGGUUUCGAGGUUGGGCUGAGGAGGAGCGCAAUGAAUUUGUCAGGCAACUGGAGGUCAGUGAGCCAGACUUUGUGGCAAAGUUUUACCAAGCAGUGGCUGCUACAGCUGGUAAAGACUGAUAGGCAUUCAGAUCAAGAAAAUAAUGACAUCUGAUGGAGCACAGCCGGGACUGCAGCAAGGACUCAUGCAAAUGUGUCACCUGAAGAUUUGCCUGGACUUGAUGACAAGCACAGGCACUGUUUUUAACAUUAGUGGUAUGUCACCUGGACUCCUAGGAUAAAUGAGAUCCAUUUAAACAAAUCAAAUCAUGUCAGUCAUCUACCUUCUUUUUUUUUUUUUUUUAAAGACAGGGUCUCCCUGUAGCCCCAGCUGUCCUGGAGCUCAUUAUGUAGACCAGGCUGGCCUCGAACUCACAGAGAUCCACCUGCCUCUGCCU